CUUCCGAUCGAGCAAUGGGUGCUCUCAAAGUCAUUGCAUUGCUGUUGUUGGUCGAGCUUGCGCUCUCUGCUCGUCUCCCACCAAAGUCAGAUGUUUCUUUCUCUCAGAACUACUAUGUCCGAUGGGCCAACGAUCAUACGCGAGCCCUCAACGGUGGCACCGAAAUGCAGCUUGUUCUCGACAAGGCAUCAGGUAACAAUCUCUCUUUCUUUCAAAGCUUCUCUUUGCUGAUCAAGUCCUGUUGCAUGAUAGGUGCUGGAUUUGGGUCCCGCAGCAAAUACUUGUUCGGUCAUGUCAGCAUGAAGAUCAAGCUGGUUCCCAAAGACUCUGCUGGAACGGUGACGGCAUUCUACAUGUCCUCCGAGACCGACAAGCACGACGAGAUCGACUUUGAGUUCUUGGGGAACGUUUCCGGGCAGCCAUACAUCGUCCAGACCAACGUUUUCGCCAAUGGCGUUGGAAACCGGGAGCAGCGACACUACCUCUGGUUCGACCCCACUCAGGACUUCCACAGCUACUCCUUCCUCUGGAACAAGCAGCAGAUCAUAUUCUACGUGGACGAUGUCCCUCUGCGUGUCCACAAGAACAACGAAGCCAUUGGGAUCCCAUUCCCGAAGAGCCAGCCAAUGGGGAUCUACUCGAGCCUGUGGAACGGAGACGACUGGGCUACUCGCGGCGGACUGGAGAAGAUCAACUGGGAUCACGCUCCAUUCGUGGCGGCGUACAAGGGAUUCAGCGUGGAUGCUUGCGCCGGGGGUGUGGAGUCGUGCAGCGCUCCCAGGGGCAACUGGUGGGAGCAAAAGGCAUUCCAGCGUACCGACAAGGAGACCAAGAGCAAGCUCAAGUGGGUCAAGGACAACUACAUGAUCUACGACUACUGCACCGAUAGCAAAAGAUUUCCCACCACUCCAGCCGACUGUGGCCAGUUUUGAGAGCUUCCAUGUACUUACAUUCUUUUGUACAAAAAAACACACAUUUUUUUUACCA